AUGAUGACUUCCGACAACCAAGAGACGGCCUCAACAGCUCUCCACUACUCGGAGAAUCCAUCGGCCUUCCCGAUGGAAGGGGGCUGCUGCUGUGGCCAUGUCCGAUAUCAAUUAUUGCAGGCCCCAAUGGUCUCCCACAACUGCCACUGCACCUCCUGCCAGCGCGAGACAGGCUCGGCCUUCUCGCCCAACAUCAUCAUUGAAGCCUCGAACAUGACGCGCCUGGCACCGGCGGCGCCAACAACGCCCGCCCGCCCCAAUGCAUCAGGCAGCCUACCCACCGCCGGGCCUGCUCUUUCGGGUGCUCUUAAAAGAGCGGAGACUCAACCCGACGACGACGACCUCCUCCACGUGGUUAUCCCGUCCGAGUCCGGGGCCGGGCAGACGAUCGUGCGAUGCCCUCGAUGCCUCGCGGCCGUGUGGAGCGAGUACGUGUUCGGCCCGGCUGUCAGGUUCGUCAAGAGCGGCACCCUGGACCGCCCAUGGAUGAUCGAGCCCGAUCUACAUAUUUAUGUGCGCAGCAAGCGGCCGUUCGUGACCAUUGCCGACGGGAAGCCCCAAUUUCAGGAGUACUACAACCGCGCCGAAGUCUGGCGGCCCGAGGGGCUCGAGCGAUGGGUCAAGGUGAUGGUGGAUGUCCAGAGGCACUGGUCGAAUCUCAAAGCGGGCAGCUGA